UUCUCAGGCAUUGGAUCCAGUGAUUACUAGUACAGAAAACCUUGCUGAUUCCAUUUUUAAGAUGACAGAAAUGGAUAUUGAGACCCAGAGCCCUAUUGGAAAUAAUUAUGAAAAAUGGAAGCACAGCUGGAAAUAGCCCUCAUUGCCGAAAACCAUCAGGUAGUGCUGAUCAAAGCAAGCCUAAUUGCACAAAGGACAGCACGACUGGUAGUGGUGACGGAAAAGGCUACACCAGAGACCAAAUAGAUGGAGUUCUCAGCAUAAACAAAUGUAAAAAUUACUAUGAAGUACUUGGAGUUACCAAAGAUGCUGGCGAUGAAGAUUUGAAAAAAGCUUAUAGAAAGCUUGCUUUGAAGUUUCAUCCAGACAAAAACCAUGCACCUGGAGCAACAGAUGCUUUUAAAAAGAUUGGAAAUGCUUAUGCUAUUUUAAGCAAUCCAGAAAAACGAAAACAGUAUGACCUCACAGGCAAUGAAGAACAAGCAUGUAAUCCACAAAACAGUGGUAGAUUUAAUUUCCAUAGAGGUUGUGAAGCUGAUAUAACUCCAGAAGACUUGUUUAAUAUAUUUUUUGGUGGUGGAUUUCCUUCAGGUAGUGUACAUUCAUUUUCAAAUGGGCGAGCUGGUUAUAGCCAUCAACAUCAGCAUCGGCAUAGUGGACAUGAAAGAGAAGAAGAAAGAGGCGAUGGAGGCUUUUCUGUGUUUAUCCAGCUGAUGCCCAUUAUUGUAUUGAUUCUUGUGUCAUUAUUAAGCCAACUGAUGGUCACUAAUCCUCCUUAUUCCUUAUAUCCCAGAUCUGGAUCAGGGCAAACUAUUAAAAUGCAGACAGAAAACUUAGGUGUCGUUUAUUAUGUCAACAAGGACUUUAAAAAUGAAUAUAAAGGAAUGUUAUUACAAAAGAUAGAAAAGAGUGUGGAAGAAGAUUAUGUGACUAAUAUUCGAGAUAAUUGCUGGAAAGAAAGACAACAGAAAGUAGAUAUGCAAUAUGCAGCAAAAGUGUAUCGUGAUGAACGACUUCGAAGGAAGGCAGACGCCUUGAGCAUGGACAACUGCAAAGAACUGGAGCGGCUGACCAGUCUUUAUAAAGGAGGAUGAACUGGAGCUUUGUGUAUAUCUUCUAGCGUACUAUUUAUUUUUCCUGUGAGUUUAGUUUCAUCAUGAGAGCUAAAGAAAAAGAUUUGUUGUUAAAGACUAAACUGAAUAGUUGGUCCCUGAAAUUUUGGACUGUUGAUGACCUACUGACUCCUUUAAAUAGUAAUAAACUGAAAACUAAAAUCAAUAUUUUAGUUAUGCUUCUGUAAUUAUUUUCACUUUAAAAGCUUUUAUGAUGACUCACAAAAAUGUCUCAAGAAAGGAUUAUCACACCUGUAGCAGCUUUCAGUUUUAGUGAUUCUCCAUUUUUCCCCUUGUUAUGUGAAUAUUUAUGAAAUGAUCAUUUUGUGUACAUAUAAGUUAUUGCCUUUUUAUUUAAAUUCUUUGUGUUUAGCUCCAUGAGACACUUCAGUUUAAAUUGAUGGAAUAAAUGUUCUGUGACAAAGGUACAUGUUACUUGUCAGAUGUUGAAUGUGUAGAGUUUAAACAGUGAAACUUUU